AUGACUCCCACUUUCAAUGAUGCCAAAAUGACCGAAAAGAAUUACAAAGAAGAUACCGACAUUGAUCACUCCGGGGGUGAGGUUCUCGGCCAGAUUGGCCGCUAUGAGGACCACGAGAGGGCUAUUCAGGGCAAUGAUCACUUCCAUCGCCUGGGCUGGAAACGUCUCACGAUUGUGCUCAUUGUCCAAUCAAUUGCCCUGGGUAGUCUCAGUCUGCCAGCUGCGUUUGCAACGUUAGGAAUGGUGGCUGGAGUGAUUCUGUGCAUUGCACUAGGUCUCGUUGCCAUCUACGCAAGCUACAUGGUUGGGUUGGUGAAGCUCAAAUAUCCGCAUACUGCCCAUUACGUCGACUUUGGUCGUCUGUUAAUGGGCAAAUUUGGUGAUGGGCUGUUCAGCGUGGGCUUCAUUUUGUUGUUGGUCAUAUCAGUUGGGUCGCAUUGCCUAACCGGGAAGCUAGCCUUUGCUACGCUCUCCGACAACGCCGCAUGCGCUCUCAUAUUCAGUGCCGUGUCUGCAAUUAUUCUUUUCGCCUUCGCCAUACCACCGUCGUUCGCCGAACUAUCGAUUCUAGGAUUCAUCGACUUCGCUUCUAUCAUAGCCGCAAUUGGAGUCUGUAUCAUCGCAACGGGCAUUCAGCAGGGCGAUGCAACUGGGCCUGCUUGGUCCGCAUGGCCUCAAGACGACAUAAACAUGAGCAAGGCAUUCGUUUCAAUCUCAAACAUUGCCUUUGCUUAUGCUUUCGCCUCCGCUCAACCUUCUUUUAUGGAUGAGAUGCAUACCCCGGAAGACUUCACCAAGUCUAUAUCGGUGUUGGGUGUGACACAAAUCACCAUCUACACAUUGACGGGGGCACUCAUCUAUGCGUUUGUCGGACAGAAAGUUGGGUCGCCGGCAUUGCUAUCAGCGGGCCCUCUUCCUGCCAAGAUUGCAUUCGGUGUUGCACUUCCGGUUAUUUUCAUCUCCGGUUCUAUCAACGCUACCGUCGCCUGUCGCUACAUUCAUGGCAGGAUUUAUCAAAACUCCGUCGUCCGUUACGUUAACACAACAAAAGGAUGGGUCACUUGGCUGACAAUUGUGGCUUUGAUAACCAUUCUAGCAUGGAUCAUCGCAGAAGCUAUCCCGUUCUUCUCGGAGCUCCUCGCUAUUUGCGGUUGUCUGCUGGUCUCUGGCUUCUCGUUCUACAUCCCCCCGGUCUUAUGGUUCUUCCUUCUGAAGGAGGGAAGCUGGUAUGAGAAGCGGAACAUCCGCACUGCAAUGUUGAAUCUUACUGUAUUCGUGAUUGGCGUCGUUAUCCUUGGAUGUGGUCUAUACGCGAGCAUUGUUGGCAUUAUGACUGCAUUCAAAACAGGCUCUAUCAAUAGACCUUUCUCAUGUAAUGCUGGAUAG